AUGAUAUAUUCGGGUGGAGAGAAGGCUGAACGUGGUGUAGCAGUGUUACUUGACAAGCAAGUUAGACAAGCUGUUAAGGAAGUGGACUGUUGCAGCGACAGGCCGAUGGUAGUACGGUUGAGUGGUAGACCAGUAGAUAUAGUAGUAAUUAUUGUUUACAUGCCAACUAGUGACCAACCAGAUGAAGAAGUUGAGGACGUAUAUGAUAAGAUAGAGGAAAAAGUAGCAAGCUGUAAAGGGAAGGAUUAUGUACUGGUACUAGGAGAUAUGAAUGCAACAGCUGGGAAUGAAAAGAUCUUAAAUGUAACCGGUAAUUAUGGGCUUGGGAACAGGAACACCAGAGGAGAAAUGCUUGUUGAUUUCUGUAUGAGGAACAACUUAACGUUAACAAACACAUUGUUCAAGAACAACCAGAGAAGAAGACAGCGAUAUAAGACCAGCGUGAAGAACUCAUGCUCCUACCCAGGAGCAGAUGUUGGUUCUGAUCACAAUCUGGUAAUUAUGAAAGUAGAUCUUAAAAUGAAAAUGGUUGCAAAGGCAAAAGUUAUUCAGAAAUGGAACAAAGAUCAACUAAUCACUGAAAAAGAGAUGAUUUUUCUAAGGCAACCAACAAUGAACUGA